CCUCCGCAAAAUAUCCGUUUUCAAUCCCCAAAACAUCCAUGCCGAAUGAUUGUAAAGUUUUAUUGAAGAGCUCAGACAACGAAAUGUUCGAGAUUGAUGAGGCCGUGGCAUUUGAAUCUGAAACGAUCAAGAAUACGAUUGAGGAUACGGGCAAGGAGAAGGCCGUGCUCUUGCCGAAUGUGAAUAGUAAGAUCCUCGCGAAAGUUAUCGAAUAUUGUAAUUAUCAUGUGGAGGCCACCAAGAGCGCCAUCUCGGAGGAGGAUGUGAAGAAGUGGGAUAAGGAGUUCGUGAAGGUGGAUCAAGCUACCCUUUUUGAUCUUAUACUGUUGUUACGUAUAUUUCUGAAUGUAAAGAAACUCCUGGACUUAACGUGCCAAACUGUAGCUGACAUGAUUGAGGGCAAAAGCCCAAAAGAGAUCCGAAAGACGUUUAAAAUAAAGAAUGACUUCACUCCUGAAGAGGAGGCAGAAGUCAGGCGUGAAAAUCAAUGGGCCUUUGACUAAAUCAGGAAGUUACUUUACAAAUAGUUUUGUCGCAUGGGACCUGGUAUUCUUACCAAGUAUCUUA